UCUGGAGAAACAUGACCUUCAGCAAUCGGUCUCCAAAAGGACGCAGAGCAGAGCUGAGCUAGGGUCUGCUUUUCCUCCAGACCCUCGCAGGGUGCCUGGUUAGCCUUGUUUCAUGUUAGGCGCUAGAUGUCACCUGCAGAAGAAGAGAAGAGCUUACCUCUUCCAGAGAGAUGGCCCCGAGCCAGCAAAUUCGCUCUGUCAGCCUGUGCAGCGGCUGUGGCAGAACUAGUGACAUUUCCCCUGGAUCUCACGAAAACUCGACUGCAGGUCCAAGGUGAAGCUGCUGUUCAUCGCAACGGAGCUGGUGCCGGCCAGGCGGUCCCUUACCGCGGCAUGCUGCGCACUGCGGCCGGCAUCGUGCAAGAGGAGGGCUUACGAAAGCUCUGGCAAGGUGCCACACCAGCCAUCUACCGCCACAUAGUGUACUCUGGCGUUCGGAUGGUUGCGUACGAACAUCUCCGUGACUCCGUGCUUGGCAGGUCUGAGGAUGGAAGCUUUCCUUUCUGGAAAGCUGUAGUUGGGGGCAUGUCUGCGGGUGCCAUCGGACAGUUUUUUGCCAGCCCGACUGAUCUGGUGAAGGUGCAGAUGCAGAUGGAAGGAAAAAGGAAGUUGGAAGGAAAGCCGUUACGGUUUCGAGGAGUGCACCACGCAUUUAUGAAGAUCCUGUCUGAAGGAGGAAUACGGGGGCUUUGGGCAGGAUGGGUGCCCAAUGUCCAGAGAGCUGCUCUGGUGAACAUGGGAGAUCUGACCACUUACGACUCAGUGAAACAUUUUUUGCUUCUGAACACGCCACUUGUGGACAAUAGUGUGACUCACAGUGUUGCCAG